CUCCAUAUAUGGAUUUAUUCAUGCGUAAAAAUGGCCACUUCUGCUGGAUAGGUUAUCACUACAGACCUAGGCCGCUCAUACUCUAUCGCGGGCUCUCGGUUGUCCCAGAACACCGAGACAAUCCAAGAAAGUGGACUAGCUUUCCCUUUUCAGUCUAUCGUCUCAACCAGCGGCCCUCUUUCUCCUGUCACCCGUACAGUCAAACUCUCAUAACCUCAAUAAAAAAUUUAUUGUCUCAUACCUCCUUUGUGGUCACCUGCCCAAAUGCUGACCGCCAAGUAAAAGAGACAACGUUAGCGCUACAUCGAUUCGAUAGGCCCUACUGCGCUUUAACAACCAGCUGUCAACCAAUACCCAAAUUACCAAGGGCGCAUUACUCCUGGAAUAUACGUAUGAGCACCUCAAAGGAGUCUAAAAUGAGCAAACAAGCGUUCCUCUUUUUCCCUCAAGUUGCUCCAGUUGGAUGGCAUUUGAUGGAAGAGUACCAUGAUGACAGCAAUCAACUGGAUCUUCAUUCUAUUGGACAAGAAUUUGUUGACCUUGCUGAGGAUGUGCAUAUGUUCCUCAAAUAUCUCCAACACCACCCUACAGUCGACGGGAAAGUUGAAUGGAAUCCAUUGGGACCAGCCACUUCGAGUAAUUUAGCUGAUUCGUGUUUCCUUGUAGCGUCGACCUCGCGGGACUGUUUCACAUUUCUCCUAUCACUCCCAGAAGUGAAAGAGAGAAGUUCUAUUCAAACGCGACUUCACGCUAUACACAAGAAACUACUCGAAUCCGCCAGGAACUCUAAAUACUCUGCAAAUCUGCCGGGACCGAUCUCCCUCUAUGAAGCUUCUCAAGCUUAUAGUAGAUUGCGAUAUGCUCGCCUUCAGCUUUCUCGAUCUCUGAAGCAUUCAAUACAACAAGACCCUUCAAAAUUCAUAGAUUCACGUAAUACUGGUCGAAAGGGAACCAAAACACCUUCAUUGAUCGACAGGCUUCAUCGCCUCCAUCGCAAAUACCCGCUCCGGAUCGGUGGCCCUCUAUUGAAUGAAUCUAACCUCCCAGCAUGGGCUCUAAAUUUGGAUAAAUUGAAUGACAGUGUAGGGAUUCAUUGGCUGAAGGCUGCCUCCUCUCAAGAAGGGCAGCGAUGGGUACACGAGCGCCCACAAGACGACAAGCACCAUAAGCAAGCCGAAUUAAUGGAAAUAUUCUGGAGUACUGUACUGGAGCAAAUCAGGCAAAUACCUGGUCGCAACGAACAUCCUGGUUCACGUCAGUUUGAAUUGAUGCUUCGAUCGAGGAUGUGCCAAAGCGAAGCAUCUGUGGUGACCGUGGCCGUACUAGGACUCGUUAAUUCUGG